GCCCGACUCGCAAAGACUCGUUCAUUUUGUAUACCGAAUUACCGAUUUCUCUGAGUCAAAAGCAUUUCCCAAGUUCUUGCGAACAGAAAAACAAGUCCAAAAUACACACACAAAUAACACACAAAAACCAAAAAUCAAUUGCAACGCUCUUUUUCUCUCUUCAAAUUGAAAUCUCUUCUUUUACUUCCUCCUUUUUCGUGAUUUAUUACCAGUAAAUGGUGCCUGGCAAGUGCCAUAGUGUUAUUAUUCACCCGCCGCCUCUUUCUGUUUCAGGAAAAAAGAUUCGUACUUUCAUGUGAAGGCCAUUAUUUUUCAGUUUAUGCCCGCACUGGUUCGUCCCAUGGUGUUUUGAAGUUCUAUUUUCGUGUGUGCAAUAUGUCGUCUCUUAGGCUUGCUAAUUAAAGAGCUUUAGCCUUCAAUUUCCUCAAGAGGUAUUGUCUUGAUGGAUACCCUAAUUGUCAUAGGGUGAUGAGUUCAUGCCGUUUUCCGGAUUUAGGAAGGGAAAUUGAUUGCUGCUUUCAAUGGAUGAAAUUCUACGGCUUGGUGGGCAUUCUUCUGGCUUGGCCGUUGUACUGAAUGAUGAGGAUAGGAAAGAGGGUGCUGGGAAAUCCCGUUUAGUUUCAUAUUGUGAAGGUUUUGGUGACCAGUCUGUGGAGCGAACGCUUGAACAUAUCUUUAACCUCCCUUACAAAACAGUCUGUCAGUUGACUGGCCCUAUUGACAAUGGUGUGGUUCGCUCGAUAAUUAAGAAUGACUUUUCUAAGCAUCAUCCCGAACUUAAAACUGCUGUGAGUACAAACAGAGAUGGAGUAUCCACGAUAUCUAAUGAUCCACAACUUCGGGUUGUUGGUCUCGAAGAGUCUAGCAUUUGUGGCGAUAUUCGGAUCGUCAAAAAGCCUCUUCUUGUGGAGAGUCAUGCUUUAUUCAGUAGUGUGCGGGCCAACACGUGUGUGUGGAAAGGAAAGUGGAUGUAUGAAGUCACUCUAGAGACUUCAGGUAUACAGCAGCUUGGUUGGUCUACUAUUGCUUGCCCCUUCACUGAUCACAAGGGUGUUGGGGAUGCAGAUGAUUCUUACGCGUAUGAUGGGAAAAGGGUCAGUAAGUGGAAUAAGGAUGCCGAUCCGUAUGGCCAGUCGUGGGUUGUAGGCGAUGUGAUUGGAUGUUGCAUCGACCUUGAUCGUGAUGUGAUACUGUUUUAUCGUAAUGGAAUCUCACUAGGGGUGGCUUUUGCCGGGAUCCGGAAGAUGGUGCCUGGAUUGGGGUACUAUCCUGCCAUUUCUCUUUCUCAAGGUGAACGGUGUGAGUUGAACUUUGGGGGACAUCCGUUUAAGUAUCCAAUAAAAGGUUACCAUCCCGUUCAAGCGCCCCCUUCUUCAUUGUCUCUUGCGGCCAGUCUCCUCGAUUGCUUCUUAAGGCUGUUGCAAAUGCAGCGGACAGAGAGGGCCGAAAUCGACACUGUUGAGAAGCUCAGAAGACUGAAACGUUUUGCAUCGUUUGAAGAACUGUUGCGUCCUGUCUCUCAUGGAAUUUGUGAAGAGUUAUUGUCUGUCAUCAGUGCUGAGUUUGGUAGCGCAGAGUAUUUGGGACACGGUACUUUUCUGUCAUUCAUGAUGGAUAUAUUCAGAGUGCAUCCACCACAUGACUAUCUAACUUUGGAUAGAGUACUUGAUUCCUUUCUCGGCUUUGAGGAGUCUAAGUUAUUGCUUAAGCAUGUUUUUGGUGCCCUCUCAUCGAGAUGUAAAACAGCGUCAUUGGUUCUGACUGAGUGUCCUUAUUCUGGGUCAUACAGUUAUCUCGCUCUGGCAUGUUACAUUUUCAGACGACAGGAACUGAUGACACUGUGGUGGGAAUCUUCAGAUUUUGAGUUCUUGUUUGAAGGAUUUCUUUCGAGGAAAAGCCCAAAUAAGCAAGAUCUUCAAUGCUUAAUUCCUUCUGUUUGGUGGCCUGGAUCAUGUGAGGAUAUUUCUAGCGAGAAUAGCAUGGUGCUGACAACUACAGCUUUAUCUGAAGCAGUGAAUAAGAAUGCUAAAGCACGUGUAAUACCAAAAGCUGCUAGAUCCGAGAGGAAAGAAGAUUCAGAGAAGAUUGAUACCUUUCCGUCACUACCAUACCAUUGGCCCACAAUUUAUGGGGUAGAAUUUUUUCUUUUCACUCCUUCUCAUGAUGCAAAUGAUCAGUGCUGCUGUUUAUGGCCUGUCAAGAUAGAAGAGAAGCAAAGGGACCUCUGUCGUCUUGUCAUGCAAUUUAUACCACCUGUAGCCCCCGUGCAGUUGCCUGGCUCAGUUUUUAGGACAUUUUUACAGAACAUUUUAUUGAAGAACAGGGGUGCAGACCGUAAUAUGCCUCCCACUGGAGUUUCAAACAACUCGGUGCUUGUGUCUUUAUUUACUGUUAUUCUACAUUUUCUGUCAGAGGGUUUUGCCAUGGGUGACAUCCAUGGGUGGAUUAAAGGCUCUGGUACUACCGAUUCUGAAGAUCAUGUGGGUUUCCUUCAUAGGGGCGGUGAACAAUGUUUUCCCGCUGGUCUGUUUCUGAAGGGUGAUCCUCAUCGAGUUGAUAUAUCGAGGCUUGGAGGAUCUUACAGUCAUUUAGUAAAAUCUAAUCCUGUAAAUGACGAGGAGGAAGAAGAAAUUAUUCGGUGGGAAGAGGGGUGCAGGGACGAUGAAGAAACGAAAGCAACCCAUCUUGGUAGUAAGAAACCGUGUUGUUGUUCUAGUUAUGAUGCUGAUAUGUCGAGAAUGUCGAAAUAUCCUGUGAGAUAUUUGGGUAAAGGCUCUCAUGGAAGUUGCAGCUCUAUUUCGGACAGAGCUUCUCAUGUCUCAGCAGAAUGUAGUACAAGCAGUCUAAAUGAUGAGAUUGCAGAUAAGCCAAGCACGAGCGACCACUCUGAUCCCGAGUUUUCCUUUCGACCUAUGCAACAAUUAUGGAUACUGCCGAGGGAGAGUGUGUUGCCUUCGGCUACUUUGAAAGAGGAGGAGCUUUUAGAUGCUAUGCUUUUGUUGUAUCAUUUGGGUCUUGCACCAAACUUAAAGCAGCAUAGUUAUGCUUUGAUGAAGUGUGGAUUUUACUUCGCACCAUCAUUAGCUUUAUAUCUGCAGAAUGAUAUAAUUAGAGAUGGCUUAGAGAAUGGAUUUGUUUUUCAGGCAUCAUCAUUCAUGUCUCGUCAAUCUCAAUCUGUUACCCUCCUGGAAGACACAGACAGACAAAUUAGAGAGUGCGUAUAUGUUGACCAAGUGAAGCGCUUGAAGGAAGCUCGAAGCGUUUACAGGGAAGAGGUUAUGGAUUGCGUCAGGCAUUCUCAUUGGUACCGACUUUCGCUUUUCUCUCGUUGGAAACAAAGGGGAAUGUAUGCAGCUUGCAUGUGGACUGCACAAUUGCUUCUGGUCCUUAGCAAAGUGGAUUCAAUAUUCGUGUACAUUCCUGAGUAUUAUCUAGAAACUGUGGUUGAUUGCUUUCAUGUACUGCGUAAGAGUGAUCCUCCGUUUGUCCCUGCUGCGAUUCUUAUCAAGCAAGGACUCACAUCUUUUAUCACUUUUGUUGUUACCCACUUUAACGAUUCAAGGAUAUCUAGUGCGGAGCUACGGGAUCUUCUUCUCCAUUCUAUAUUGGUCUUGGUACAAGACGCGGAAUUCUUGGCUGCUUUUGAAUGUAAUGAAGCAGCAAGAGAAAGGAUGCCAAAAGCUUUAUUGUCAGCGUUUGAUAAUCGGUCCUGGAUUCCCGUGACUAAUAUACUUCUUAGGUUAUGCAAGGGCUCUGGUUUCGGUUUUUCAAAACGUGGAGAGUCAUCAUCCUCGUCUGUACUAUUUCAGAGAUUGCUCCGGGAAGCUUGCAUCAGUGACAAUGAAUUAUUCUCAGCUUUUCUCAACCGGUUGUUUAAUACUCUUAGCUGGGCCAUGACAGAAUUUUCUGUUUCAGUUCGUGAAAUGCAAGAAAACAAGUUGAAGGAACUCCAGCAAAGGAAAUGCAAUGUGAUAUUUGAUCUCUCCUGCAACCUUGCGAGGGUAUUAGAGUUUUGUACACGCGAAAUGCCUCAAGCUUUUGUUUUGGGAAUGGACACAAACUUGCGAAGGCUGGCCGAGUUAAUUGUCUUCAUAUUGACCCACCUAAUUGUUACGAUCGACCCAGAAGACCUAUCGAUUAGACGAUCAGGUCAUUCCUCUGAGAAGAUCAAUAGUGGCAUGAUUUUAGCACCACUUGCCGGCAUUAUUCUGAACUUGUUGGAUGCAAGUAGAGACUCUGAUGAUGGGAUUCGGAAUGAUAUUGUUGGAGUCUUUGCCAGCAUGGAAUGUGCUGAUACUAUACGAUGUGGAUUUGAUUAUCUCCUCAAGUACAAUUGGGCGGGCUCCACCAAGGGAGAAGAUUACAAAGAUCAACUGUCGAAGCUAGAGGAAAGCCUCCUAAACUGUCAGACAGAGUUGCAAGCGAAUAAGAAGAGGACACAUGGCGGAGAUUCGGAAAUAGAAGAUAAUAGCCUUUGCUGCAUAUGCUACGAAAAUAAGGCGGAAGCUCAUUUUUCGCCUUGUUCACACGUCUCUUGCUACAGCUGCAUAUCGAGGCACCUCUUAAACUGCCAAAGAUGCUUCUUUUGCAACACGAUUGUUGUGGAAGUUCAUCGGCAAUAAUAAAUAGAAGGGAAAAUGGGAAAAUGCUGCAUGAAGCGUUCGUGCAGUAUUUGGGUUUCUUUUUUUUUUUUUCUUUCUUAAACUUUUUGGGUUUGGCCGAAAAAAAAGUACGCCGGCCGUUCGUUAAUUUAGAUCUUCAGGUUUAGCAGUAGUUGAUUUUACAGGAAAGCCACACAGGAAAAACUUUUGAAUUGAAUUUAGGGGGAAAAAAAAACAAGGGGUUAAGAAUAUAUAAAUUAGGACUUUGUAUUGUUUUAACUGCAAUAUGUUAUGAUAUAUCUAUGCUAGUGUGUAUAUAUGUAUGCAAAAUGAGAAAUAAGAAGAUACUGAAAUCCUGUGGGGUUAUGAAAUUUGUACCCAACCUUGAGGGGGCACCAUUAUCUUUUGUAAAUGUGUCCUGGAAGUUAAUAAAAUUGAACCUUGGAUAUUUUGAGAUUUUUUUGAGGUUUUGUAUUUAUUUGUAAGUAU